CGUCCAAUCAACUCGCAAGUUCUUCAAGCACGUCAUGCUAAGGAAGUGCGGGCUUGCUGAUGCGGUAGCGUGUGGGCCCCAUCCAACUCUACCUGCCCCUUACGCAAGUAAACUCUUCAACAACAAAAGUGCAUGUCAGUCCUCCAUAUUACAUGUAGAUAACUGACACUUUGACAACCUGCGGUCUGACAAUGGGAGCCAACAGCAGUACCCGCCGCGUGUCAUUUGAAUCGGACGAGAACGAGAAUAUAACGGUGGUGAAGGGCAUACGGCUUUCUGAGAAUGUCAUCAACCGCAUGAGGGAACCUGCAGCUCCUCCUAAACACCGACAUGCUCCCUCUCCGCCACCUUCCGUGGCGCCUACGCUCACUCCUUCUCCUCUCCUGCAGCCAGUGCCUCCCCUGUUUGACCCGAUCACCUCCUUGCCUCCUACCUCUCCUCAUGUAGAACCUGUUGCACCUCCAGCUCCUCCUCCACCAGCUCCAUCUGCCACAGAGACUGUGGCUGCACCUCCACCACCACCUCCUCCUCCUCAACCUCCUACAGAACAGGUAGCAGUCCCCACCAUAACUGACAUGGUGCUCCCAUCCUCAUCACCCCCAGCUGCUGCUAGUGCUGUCGCUGCUCCAGCUUUUGAGCCUAGAGCGGCGGCUCCUCCUCUCCCUCCUCUUCCUGCUGCUGUUGAGCCGGUAACUUUGCCUACAUCUCUCCCUCCUCCCUCUGCUCCUGCUCCCUGCCCCGUUCCAGCUGUGGUGGAAGCUGUCACUCCGCUUGCUCCUCCUUCCCUUGUAAUUGAACCAUCUCCUCCUCCCAUAAAUCAAUCCAUUGCUUCUUCUCCUCCAGUAAUGGAACCUGUUGCUCCUCCAUGUGUGAUUGAAUCCAUUGCUCCUUCAUCUGUAGCUGAACCCAUACCAUGUCCUCUUCCUGUCGAGAUUGAACCCAUUGCUGGUCCCCCUCCUCCCAAAUCGGAAACCCUCUCUUCCCCUCCUGUUUUCGAGCCUGUCACCAUCCUGCAGCCACCCCUACAUCCUUCAGGGGACACUUUGUCCCCCCAGCCUGCUGAGCCAUUUGCUGCACCUCCCCUGCCAGAGUUUACUGCUCCUUGUGAACCACUUGCACCUCCUCCUCAGCCCCCCGUGGAGCCAGUGCCUCCUGCUCCAGUUCCUGAGCCGGUGGCUGUGCCUGAGUCGAGUCCAGUCCCACCACCUCCAGCUGUUGAUGAGAAAACCCUGAGGAAGAAGAUCACUGAUGAGCUGUAUAAAGGCCUGGAACAGGAGAGGGCCAAAGCGGAACAAGAGCUGCAAACCUGGUUGGAGGCGGAGAAGGCCCGGGCAGCGGCACAGGCUAAUGCUGAUGCCCAGUCCCAGGUCCAGAAUGAAGUGUCCAGGAUCCUGUCUGUGGAGCGGGCCAUGGCCCAGGAGAGCCUUCAGCAGGCCAUCAUAAGGGAGAGGAUCACCAGUGAGGAUGAGAGGCACCGUGCUCAGCUCUAUGCCAAGCAGCUAGAGGCCAGAGAAGCAGACUUAAAGAUGCAGGAUGCUUUCUACAGAGAGCAGGUGGCCCGGCUGGAGGAGAGGAGUGCUCAGUUCUAUAAGGUCACCACAGAGAACUACCAUAAAGCUGCAGACCAAGUGAAUGCCAAGUUCAAGCGGUAUGAGGUGUAUCCUGUGUGUGCAGACCUGCAAGGCCAGAUCCUCACAUGCUACAAAGAGAACGUUGGAAAAACCCUUAACUGCUCCAACAUAGCAGCCCUUUACCUACAGUGUGUCAACGACGCCAAACAGAACAAGUUGAGGACUGGGGGUUAAGGAAGCGAGAGGAAGAAAGAAGGAGCAAUGAAGAGUAUAUUGUGUGGGAUUACUGAUUACUGAACGACUGACAGACAGACCAAACUGGAAUGGAGGAAGAGUGGAAUGAAUCAGCACCGACACACACGCCCUCAACACCCUGUGACCGAACCAGACUAGAGGCACCGAACACAGCACCUUGAACGAGAAAUAGAUACCCUUUCCCUAGAUCCUUAUCUCUCUCCCCUCCUCUCUGACCCUUUGUCUAUCUCUCCCAUUACAAUGGCAUAGAGGGCGGUGAUACUGUCCGCCAUUUUGGAGACACAGUGGUGAGCUACGGGACCCGGCAGGCCUGUGCUUGGCUCGCUAAAAGGACAAAGAAGAACCGGAACCACCUCAACAAAGCGCCAAUCACCUCGUUCACAAGCCACUUGGUCCCAUCCCUACUCACUCCAAUACCCUUAGGAAAAUAAAAGUCUAUUUUUACUAAUUUAAGUCAGUCCUAUUUUGUUGUCCAUUAAUUCAUUGCUUUCCAGGUCCUAAUGCACUAUCCUGUACACAUAUAUACAUGUACGCAUCUGUUUCUUCUCUGCAUCUGUUUGUGUGAGAUUGUGUUAUGUUAAUAAUGUAACGAUCUGCGUGUUGAGUAUUCAUCCAGACCAACACUUGUGACAAUGUCUGAUCAGAGAAAAAUAAAGGAUGAAACGAU